AUGCGUUUGCUGGAUUUUUUUCUCGUUCGUCAUGCUUUAAAAACCAAUUUUUCUUCAACUUUCUUUUCCUUCUUCUUGUCUUUCUUCGUUUAUUUUUCCCUUUUUCUUCUUCCUUCUUCACAUUCUACUCCUCCCUUUCUUCUCUUCCCCCUUUUUCUUCUUCCUUCUUCACAUUCUCCUCCUACCUUUCUUCUCUUCCUCCUUUUUCUUCUUCCUUCUUCACAUCCUCCUCCUCUCUUUCUUCUCUUCCCCCUUUUUCUUCUUCUUCACAUCCUCCUCCUCCCUUUCUUCUCUUCCCACUUUUGCUUCUUCUUCCUUCUUCACAUCCUCCUCCUCUCUUUCUUCUCUUCCCCCUUUUUCUUCUUCCUUCUUAAUAUCCCCCCUUUUUCUUCUCUUCCCCCUUUUUCUUCUUCCUUCUUCACAUACUCCUCCUACCUUUCUUCUCUUCCUCCUUUUUCUUCUUCAUUCUUAAUAUCCUCCUUCCUUUCUUCUCUUCCUCCUUUUUCUUCUUCCUUUUUCACAUUCUCCUACUCCCUUUCUUCUCUUCCUCCUUUUUCUUCUUCCUUCUUUACAUUCUCCUCAUCCCUUUCUUCUCUUCCUCCUUUUUCUUCUUCCUUCUUCACAUUCUCCUCAUCCCUUUCUUCUCUUCCUCCGUUUUCUUCUUCCUUCUUCAUAUUCUCUACCUCCCUCUCUUCUCUUCCUCCUUUUUCUUCUUACUUCAAAACAUUCUCCUCCUCCCUUUCUUUCUUCUCUUUUCUUCUUCCUUUUCUUCUUCUUUCCUUCUUUCUUCAUAUUCUCCUCCUCCCUUUUUUCUUCUUCCUCCUUUUUCUUCUUCUUCCUUCUCUCAUAUUCUUCCUCCUCCUUUUCUUCUCUUCCUCCUUUUUUCUUCUUCCUUCUUCAUUCUACCCUCCUCCUUUCUUCUCUACCUCCUUUUUUCUUCUUCCUUCUUCACAUUCUCCUCCUCCCUUUCUUCUCUUCCUCCUUUUUCUUCUUCCUUCUUCACAUUCUCCUCCUCCCUUUCUUCUCUUCCUCCGUUUUCUUCUUCCUUCAUCAUAUUCGCCUCCUCCCUUUCUUCUCUUCCUCCUUUUUCUUCUUCCUUCUUCACAUUGUCCUCCUCCCUUUCUUCUCUUCCUCCUUUCUCUUCCUCCUUUUUCUUCUUCCUUCUUUACAUUCUCCUCCUCCCUUUCUUCUCUUCCUCCUUUUUCUUCUUCCUUCUUCACAUUCUCCUCCUCCCUUUCUUCUCUUCCUCCGUUUUCUUCUUCCUUCUUCAUAUUCUCCUCCUCCCUUUCUUCUCUUCCUCCUUUUUCUUCUUCCUUCUUAACAUUCUCCUCCUCCCUUCCUUCUCUUCCACCUUUUUCUUCUUCCUUUUUCAUAUUCUCCUCCUCCCUUUCUUCUCUUCCUCCUUUUUCUUCUUCCUUCUUCACAUUCUCCUCCUCACUUUCUUCACUUCCUCCUUUUUCUUCUUCCUUCUUAAUAUCCCCCUCCCUUUCUUCUCUUCCCCCUUUUUCUUCUUCCUUCUUCACAUACUCCUCCUACCUUUCUUCUCUUCCUCCUUUUUCUUCUUCAUUCUUAAUAUCCCCCUUCCUUUCUUCUCUUCCUCCUUUUUCUUCUUUUUUUUUUUUUUCUCCUCCUCCUUUCUUCUCUUCCUACUUUUUCUUCUUCCUUCUUCACAUUCUCCUCCUCCCUUUCUUCUCUUCCUCCGUUUUCUUCUUCCUUCUUCAUAUUCUCCUCCUCCCUUUCUUCUCUUCCUCCUUUUUCUUCUUCCUUCUUCACAUUCUCCUCCUCCCUUUCUUCUCUUCGUUUUCUUCUUCCUUCUUCAUAUUAUCCUCCUCCCUUUCUUCUCUUCCUCCUUUUUCUUCUCACUUCUUCACAUUCUCCUCCUCCCUUUCUUUACUACCUCCAUCUACUUCUUCCUUCUUCACAUUCUCCUCCUCCCUUUCUUCUCUUCCUCCUUUUUCUUCAUCCUUCUUCACAUUCUCCUCCUCCCUUUCUUCUCUUCCUCCGUUUUCUUCUUCCUUCUUCAUAUUCUCCUCCUACCUUUCUUCUCUUCCUCCUCUUUCUUCUUCCUUCUUCACAUUCUCCUCCUACCUUUCUUCUCUUCCGACUUUUUCUUCUUCCUUCUUCACAUUCUCCUCCUCCCUUUCUUCUCUUCCUCCUUUUUCUUCUUCCUACUUCAUAUUCUACUCCUCCCUUUCUUCCCUUCCUCCUUUUUCUUCUUACUUCUUCACAUUCUCUUCCCCCCUUUCUUCUCUUCCUCCUUUUUCUUCUUCCUUCUUCACAUUCUCCUCCUUCCUUUCUUCUCUUCCUCCUUUUUCUUCUUCCUUCUUCACAUUCUCCUCCUCCCUUUCUUCUCUUCCUCCUUUUUCUUCUUCCUACUUCAUAUUCUCCUCCUCCCUUUCUUCUCUUCCUCCUUUUUCUUCUUCCUUCUUCACAUUCUCCCCCUCCCUUUCUUCUCUUCAUCCUUUUUCUGCUUCAUUCUUAAUAUCCCCCUUCCUUUCUUCUCUUCCUACUUUUUCUUCUCCCUUCUUCACAUUCUCCUCCUCCCGUUCUUCUCUUCCUCCUUUUUCUUCUUCCUUCUUCACAUUCUCCUCCUCCCUUUCUUCUCUUCCUCCUUUUUCUUCUUCUUCUUCACAUUCUCCUCCUCCCUUUCUUCUCUUCCUCCUUUUUCUUCUUCUUCUUCACAUUCUCCUCCUCCCUUUCUUCUCUUCAAACCUUUUUCUUCUUCCUUCUUCACAUUCUCCUCCUGACUUUCUUCACUUCCUCCUUUUUCUUCUUCAUUCUUCACAUUCUCCUCCUCACUUUCUUCAAUUCCUCCUUUUUAUUCUUCCUUCUUAA